GCAAAUUCAACAUGACAGCCUGUAUGGAUGGAAAGUUCUCGCGCAUGGACAGAUUACGGCACACACUUCUGUAAUCUCCUAUGCACGCGUGAGAGUUUCCCCUACAAGUCACGAUGUUGAAUUUCGGGCUUCAUUCACGUCCCGUUUUCUGAGUCAUAGGGUGCCCACUAAUAAGUAUUCAGACAUGUCUAUUAUAAGAUCGUGAGCGUCAGUCGUCUGAAGUCGCUUUGAGCAGCUUUGAGAACGUGAGUGAUCGACGUCAGUCAGUGAACAGUGGCAAUGUUUUGCGAACUGCUGUCAUUGAGCCGAGCGCGGCUACGUCGACAUAAAGUUUAGUCUCUCCUGCUGGUGAGUAGACUUUAUCAAAAUUCUAAUAGCGCCUCGUGAUUUUGCGUAAUUUUACAUCGGCUGCCACGAAAAGAUCCAGGAACGAUUGAUUGACAUUUGUGGCUGUGUUCAAGCAGUGCGUGCGACGAGCCCGCGUGGCACGAAUCGAACCUGACUGCUAUCGUGGAUGUUCCUCGUCCUCUACAUAGUUCUGUGCUCCGUUUCAAACGUAACACGCGAUAACAGUAACAGAAAGUAAUCGCAAGUGCUAGUCUGUGUAUAUUAGAAACUGGCAAACAAGAAUUCAGGCUGUCACUAUCUCGAAUUGGAAGGUGAAAGGAGUCAUACAAGUAUGAAGUAGCGUAAUCAGAAAUCGGCAGCAUUGCUAAGAUGGUUCAUAACGACGAGAAGCAAUCAACUCCCGGAGGUUCCACUCACGCGAACCUGGAUACAACUGAAGAGAUCAAGGUCAGCGUGGACGAGAGCAUCGUUUCCCCGACGGCGAUGUCCUCGCCGUCGGACUCACGGAUUCCGCGACCCUCGCCCACCGGUCUGUGCCGCUCGGCGAGCUUCCGCAUGCGCGGCGAACGAUUCCCAUCGAAUCCUUACCACCCCCAAUCGGCCAGUACCGCGGUCACCGCGGCUCCGGCGAGAACAUCCUGCCGACGUUCGAACCAUCUACACCGUCACCUAGACCAUUGCGCCUUUCCGGUCAUCACGGAGAAUGGAACUGAAUCGCCCCGUCAACGAUCCCUCAGCCUUUCAUUGACCCCGGCGAGGCCGCGACCAGGACUCGCGGCCUCCGGAGGAUCAAACAGCAACGUGAUCACGGACGACAGCGACGUGGACAGCGUGAAGAGCUACGGAAGCGCCUGUAGCACGGCUAGCGCGUGUGAGCAUGCGACGUUUGCUUUGAACGGGACCACGUGGUCCGGGAGGUCCAGAAAGUAUGUUGUUCACUGCUCGAAUCAUACCGAGAGCGAACAGUAUCUGACGCCUACUCAAAGAGCGGCUAGACAAGUCAGGAAGUUUCAAGCUCUGUUAAAGGAGGCGCGGAAGGAGAUAGAAGAGAAGGACCGUGAGAUCUUUCGCCUGACAAAGGAGGUAGUGGAAUUAAGAUUAUACAAAGCAUCCUUGAACAGUCCCGACGAGAGAACGGAUAGCAGCGAUGCUCUCACGAUACGCGAGAACAAUCCUUUCUCUCCCGAGUCUCCCAGCAAAGAUUUGCCCGAUGAAGGACCGACGUUGGCAGCGGAGAAGGUUACCAGCCCGGAGACGCCGGAGAAACGGUCCGAGCUGCCUUCGUCUUUGGCUGACUCGGGCCACUUCGAAGACGGUUCCGUCCAUUCGAAAGAUUCCGUGCAUGUGUACAUUACGGAGCAAACUACCCCUAAUAUAACUAUAACUUCCACGCCUAGCAAAAUAGAAGAAGACAAUGUCGCGGAAACGUUCUCAAGGUCUGAAGAGGAAGCGGAAAGAGACGAGGAGAAACGGAUCAGGAGACUGACUAAUCUUUACGAGAGUAGAAUCGAGGAGAUGCACCGCCGGCACGUCGACGAGAUCCAAGAAUUGAAACAGAAGCAUAACGAUAAGGUGGAAAGCUUGCUGAACCAUUUGGCCGAGGUGAACACGCGUUACUGCGAGGUUCGGCCAGCUGUCGACGCCGCGGAAGCUAAGGCUCGCGAACUAGAAACGGAGUUAGAAACGGUGAAAGCUGAGUUAAACGAGCAGAAGGCGUUGGUGAACGAGCAGGAGGAGAGGAACAAACAGAUGUACCUGAAAAUGUAUGCCAAAGGCCAAGAAGCGGCUCGUAUAGAACAGGCUGAUCAGAUAAUGCAAUGCGCGCAACAGACACCGCCCAAAGUCACCGUAGCUGAAUUACUUCAACAGUUAACUAUCACUCAGGCGGAAUUAGAAAACAUCAAGGACACGAGCUACUCGCCCGAACCCCACAUUUCGGCCGAACGUGGCCAAACUUUAUUAAGCGCUCAGGAGGCUGUUUCUCUCUGGGUUCUUGGCACGCGCAAGGCGAUGUAUCGACGGAUAUUAGAAGCCAGAAACAAUCAAGGAUCCCUGGACCCGGUGAUCACGCUGCAGUUCCUAAAAUCGGCCGUCUACUAUUUUCUAACGGACAAAGAGAAUCAUCAAGGCCACUUGAACGCUAUAGAGAGCAUUCUGGGUUUUACGGAAAUCGAGAAACACAACAUCGACAAGGUAUAUCGGACUGCGAGGAAGUAACAUAAGUUUCUCAAUUGUUAUCCUUGUUAGACUGCAAUUUUUUUAUGCUGUUCAAGUUUUUAUAAGUACGACCCAAUUUGUGUUUCUACUUCUUAAAUACUGUGAGACUAUUUAUAUACACUGUAUAUCAUGAAUACCAUUUUUUUCAUAUAAUUUUACGAGUUAAAAGAUGAUCCACUAUGUGAACUACUGAACGUUUUUAUUAUUAACGUGUUAGCGACUUGCAUUCAUUCUAUUUUUUCAUGAACGCAUAAAAGUCCGCAGUCUAAUUAUUAUGUCACGUAUACAGUACCGGCUUCCGCCAAACUUAUUUUCCGCGAAUCCGAGAACAUAUUUAAUUAGACGAAUGUACAAAAUGUUUUUUACAUCAUUUGAUACUGGGUGAUAUUGUUUUGAAAUUGUACACUCUCUGUAUAUUCACAGGGUACAGUAUAUCGCAUGCGUAUUUAUUUUUUAUACGGUAACAAAUUUAGUAGACAGAUUUUAAUCAAAAUCGGUUGUGGAUUCAUUCUGUUUCUUAAUCAAACGAUGAGAGGGUAAAUCGUAGUUUUUAAAUGCAUAGAAAAAUUUCAAUUGAAUGGUUAUUGUAGUCGUUUAGGUGACAGGCAUGUAUGUACAUAUAUGUACAUUUGCUUUAAAUGUAAUUAUGUACAUAUUACAUUUGUUUAAAUAUUGAAUUUAGAAGCGAGGGUAUAUGGCGUCCAGUUAAAGGAAACAAAAAGGAGACUGAGGGAAAUGUAUAUCUUGCCUUUUUAUCUGCCUAUUUAUUUAAUAUUUUAUCGAUAGGUACACUACUCUAGAACAAAGUAUUAUCGUGCGACUACUUAAUAAUCGAGCAAAGAUUAGAUCAAUUCUAAUAAUCAUAAACGCUAGAACAACCGAAGUUACGAAAUCGACAGAUCUAUUGCCGGUCUUUAAUCAGAUUGAUUAUCGAAACGUUCGUUUGCCUCCGUAAUAUUUACACUUUAACUUGCAUGUGAAUAAUUAUAACUGAACUAUGUAAAUAUCAAAGAAACCGACAUAUAUAUAUAAACGUAUCAGAUGCUUAUCGAAAUGAUUAAAAAAUCGCGGUUGUUCUAAUGUUGAAAGAAUGAGCACACAUUCCUGUUAUACUAUUCUAGUAUCACGUUUUUAAAAUAAAAUUCUAUUUAAUCUAUAUAUUUAGGUGAAAACCAAAGAUAAAGAGAAAAAAUCGUAUAAAAAAGAUUAUCAAAUGCAAUUUACGACUUUGCUAUAUCGCUAUAGCGUUGAGCUAAUUUACUUAUUGAAGAAUAUCACGUUUCGGAGAAAUUUCAUUCUACGACCGCACAUUCUUCGAUUAGAUAUUCAAUAAAUAUACAUAUAUCAGAGAUCGAGAA